GGCGAUGCUUCACUGAAGGUGAAAAUCCACUGCGUGUCGCUGUAGUUUUGGUCUUGCAACUUUUCAUUGAACACAGCUCCCAGCGGUCCAGCGGUUUUUCUACUGCGUAAUGGUGAACGGUAAUCGUGUGAGUCUUUUGGCAACCUUCGCUAGCCUUUGUACUGUCUCGCUGGCGCGGGCGGAAGAGUUCGCCCCGCCAGACUGUGGGGUGCGUGGCCAGUCGAACGGUUGGCCCUUCCACGUGGGGCUGUAUCGGGCCGAUCGGAACGAUAGCUAUUACUUUUGCGGUGCAACCAUCGUGUCCAGCUGGCAUGUGAUCGGUUCGGCACACUGCGUUAAGCCGUACCCGGUCGAGUCGCUGUCGGUGCGCUACGGUGUGAGUGAUUUGACGCAACUCGAGCCACCGAACCGGUGCCGGGUGGAGAAGCUUAUUGUGCAUCCCGAGUAUCAGGCGCCGGACUUUGCGAACGAUAUUGCGCUGGUACAGCUGCUGGAUGAGAUUCCGCUUGGCCUGCUGGCCCGACCGAUCUGUCUGUGGCCGGCCACGAACCUCGGACCGAAGCAGGAGCUGGAAGAAGAUCUGGCCGGUGUGCGAGGUACGAGUGUGGGCUGGGGCAUUGGGCUGCACAAUGUCUACACGGCGAUGCUUCAAAGCGCGGUCACUACCGUGCAGCGACAGGGCCGCUGUAUGGAAGCGUUUGCCGGCAAGCUGUUCGAGCGCAAUGAGUUCUUCUGUGCGAUAACGCCCGUCUGCAGCGGAAGCGGUGGCAGCGGGUUCUACGUCGAGCAGAAGGAUCGCUACUAUCUGCGUGGGAUGACAACGUUCGGCAUUGCGCCGAAGGGUUUCUAUCAGUGCGGAGUCAACACGCUGACGGGACUGCUCGACGUUGCCCGGUACAGCGGAUGGAUCCAGCAACAGCUGCAGCUGUUUGAGGAGGCGACAACGAACUCAACUGGCGGCGUAGCACCCAUGCCAGAUGCGUCGGGUAAUCGGAAUCAACAACCGAAACCCGUCAUAUAAACCGAACAUGGGUGUGGGUUUUAAUGUAGCGUUAUUAAUCAAAAAAUAAACAUCGAAAAACUACACCCUGCUGGACCGUUGUUGAAGAGUUGGUUAGUUACUGGUUUUGGCUUGCUUUAAGCUUGAGCUUGUAGAAAUGUAAAAAUACUGCCAGCGUGGGAUAGGAACAAUACAUUCAGGGGUGGUAAUUUAUCAACAUAAUGCAUUGAUCAUUUACACACCCAAUGUUAGCGGUACAGUAAUUCCAUAUAAAUUGCAUGCUGACUGUAUCCCCCAUUUACAGUACGUUUGAUGGAAGUACAUCACAGAACUUUCGUUGCUGGGUGACAAGCUGGGAAACACAGAGGAUGCAUGAGAGUAGAUAUAAAGAGAACAUACAAUUGAUCACAUUUUAAUACAAUA